CAUCGCAAUAAUAUGUGCCUUAGAUGCUAGCGCUGAGGAUCCUUCGCCAUCAUGCAGUUUGAAAAUCUCGAGUGGAGUGAGCCACUUCCUGGUCUGACGGGUGGAACUUGCCCUCAAGAUCCCGUCGUGGCCCCGGCUCAGGCGUUGAAAAGGCAUGCGGCGUGUGACGAGUGCAGAAGCCGCAAGUUAAAAUGCUCAGGGGAAGCAACAGGCUGUAGUCGUUGCCUCAAGCAAUCCCUCGUCUGUCAUUAUUCUGUGCAGAAGCAAAUGGGGCGCCCACCAAAGAAGCGGGCACGAGAAGAGGACAAUCCUGCACAGUUUAGUCUGUCAGGAAGUGAAGGAUGGACUGACUCCGAUAGCUCUCAGUUCGCCUCGCUUGGAACAGAUACGCCCGCCUCGGCAGACCCGUAUCCCUUCUGUGCUCCAGUUUAUGCCACCCCUUUUACCACACCGGAGGCAUACCCUCACCUGGUCUCCACAGACAACAACCACAGUCAUUCGUGGCAACUUGAGCAUGGGAAAUUUCUAGAUCCGGUCCCAGCAACGUCUAGUCCAUGGCCCGACUUUUCUAGCGUAUCCGCGGCAGCAUCUAAUUCAUUCACAUUGCCUCCAGGCCUGCCACAAUUACAAUCUCCUCCGUUAUCUCCGUCCAAUUCAGACCCUUCCGAACCCCAUUGCACUUGUUUAUCGUACCUGUAUUUGUGCCUCAGCCAUCUUUCCUCUCUUGCUCCGUUCCCAGUCUCCCAGCAUACGCUGUGUUCUCUGUUCAUCGGCGCGAAGACUGCGCGCGCAGUAAUACGGUGUCAAGCCUGCCCCCGAAAGUUUGCCACUGGUUUGCAGAAUGUCAUGUUUACCGGAACGUUGCUAAACGUCAUGGGUGACGCUUGGCUUCGCGUGUCAAAAGCUGACGCGGUUGAGCUUGGGAAGCAAGCGGCACCAUCCAGCUAUGUGCAGGCCAUAACCCAGAAUUCGCCUGAUCCUGCCGAAAGCUGGAAGGAAUGGCUGCGUCAGACGGUUCGAAGCGGAGUUCUUGGGGGGCCAAGUGACCCUGCCGGCUCCGUUCGAUGCUCGGAUUCUCCAAGUUUACUUUGUCUCAUCCAGGAGAUGGAGGCUCGCCAACGAAGAUGGCAUCAAUCCCAUCCGCUUCCUCCAUCGGAACGUAUAAAUACGCCGCCUGAACAUUGCGCCAAACCCUAUGACCCUCAAGAGGAGCAGGACUAUCUCUGUUUGCGAGUGGUCAAAAGUGCCAGAGAAGUCAUUGCGAGGUUUGACUUCAAGCCGCAUGAGUAUCCGGAUGGCGUGGUUGCCUGAAUAUCAUCCUCUAACUUUCGGCUUCAUAACGAUACUUGGGUUCUUGUCUGGCGUCAACACGGCUUACCACUUUAUCUCAACAUGGCGGAAUUCUACUCGGGCGUUGGGGAUCUUUUACGAUACGACUUUCUUUGAGCAUACACCUGAGGUCUGCGGCAAGGCGCGAAUGCUACCUUCUCUUUCUUUUCAUUUCUGACGAUGUUUAAAUGCUCACUCGCAUCUGUCUGGUGCCUAAUACUGUGGGCGAGUCGGCUGCAGGAGUCUCAUUGAUUUUUUACGAUAUAUAACGGGGUUUAACCCAAUAACCAACUACAUGUACAUACACAUAAAAGUACAAGACAACUUGUGCAUUU